AUGUGGUUUCACAGGACAGACAAGGAGGGUCGGCCGGUGAGCAUCCAGCAGUACGGCGGGGUGAACAUCCCGGAGCUCUACAAGCACAUCACGCCGGAGCGGUUCUGGUGGUACAUCAUCACGAUGUCGGAGAGCAUACCGCGCGAGAUCAUACCCACUGCGUCGCGGGCGGUGGGUCACCAGGUCGACGGGACGUUCCUCAUCGUGGACUUGAAGGGAUAUUCGUUGGGUCAGUUCUGGCAGAUGAAGGACCUCGUACGCGCUUCGUUUCAAGUCAUGCAAGACCACUAUCCCGAGAUGUCCGCGAAGUUCUACAUCAUCAACGCGCCGUGGUCUUUCACCACGAUCUGGUCGCUCCUCAAGCUCUGGCUCGCCCCGCGGAUGAUCGAGAAGAUGGACAUCCUCGGCGCGGAUUACCAGGCGGUGCUCCUGAAGUAUAUCGACGCGGAGAGCUUGCCGACGUUCUACGGGGGACGAUGCGAGUGCAGCGAGGUCGGCGGGUGCAAGUGGAGCAAGCCGAUGCGAGAUGGGAGGUAG